UCAAAGCGGGUUCGAAUCCGGGUGUGCUCGGCUGCAACCGGCAGCUUUGCCACCACGCUUCUUCUGUUUGCCGUCCCCGACUUCUCCGAUCGAGUCUGUCUCCAGUCAAGCCGCACCCAAAACCCCAGGCCGCCAGGCGCCACCCCGACCCGACCCACCGCACCACCAUGUCGGCCGCCGCCGCGGCGCUCCGGCCGACCGAGCCGCUCCCCCUUCCGAGCGGGCUCUCCCUCGCGCCGCGCCUCAAGCUGCUGCUCACCUUCUUCCGCGCCGACCUCACCGUCCGCCCCCUCGACGAGUGGCAGCUCAAGUCCGCGCUCCUCGCCUUCCUCCGCGACCCGCCCCUCUCCCUAACGCUCCUCCCCGACUCCGACCUCUCCGUGCGCCGCCUCCCCGACCUCCAGAAGCGCCGCCGCGAGGAGCCCGUCGCCUCCGGGGUCCUCCACGUCCGCGACCUCUCCUUCCUCCGGCCCCGCGACGGCGAGGCCGAGGAGGUGACACCGGAACAGGAGGAGGAGAAGUACUUCGAGUGGCGGGGCUCCCUGGUCGAGAAGCUCGCCGGCAUCGAGCUCAACCUCGAGGGGGUAAAGUUCCGGAUGAGCGUCGAGAUCCCGCCGUCCGAAGACUUCAGGGCGAUGAGGAAGUCAUGGGAGGAUUUCUACUCCUCCCAGCUACUGAAUAGCAGGAAUCCGGUGAGGAAGACAGCGAAAAGGCCAGACACAAUUAUUAUCAGUGGUGUGCCGUCCAGGUGGUUUGCAGAGACAAGGAUAUCGUCCAAACCAUCCACGCUGGUCACGCACACUAUCUUCUCGGCGCUUGGCAAAAUAAGGAACCUAAAUAUUGCCAAUGAUGAUGAGUCAGAAGCAAAAGAAGAUGGUACCAAUAAGGGGCUCAUAUGUGGACUCAAUUGCAAAGUUUGGGUGCAAUUUGAGAGCUACGAUGACUUCCACGAUGCAAUGAAGGCGUUAUGUGGACGUUCAUUAGAGAAGGAAGGAUCACGGUUGAAAGUAGACUAUGAAGUGACUUGGGACCGUGAAAGUUUCUUUCAUAUUGCACAAUAUGAGCCUGCUCGGAGCAAUUUAGAAGAGAGGGAUGCAUCAGCAUCAGUUCAUGGCCGGAAGAAACAUUACAGUUCACGAAUUGAGUCAGAUCAUAGGAAGAGAUUUAGGGAUUGAUGACAGAAGCUCUUGGUACCAGCGAUAUUGCUAUGUUCUGAGGAGAGGGGAAACGAUUGCAUUGUACCACAAUUGUAUUGUUUCGUUCUCAGAUUUCAAGUUACCUUUUUCCUCCUUUCAGUUCUCAAUUAACCUAACAGAAAAAUCAUUCUGAUAGUUACUGAUUUGUAGCUAUCACUAUUAAUAUUGUCCUGGUUGAUA